UUGUGGCUUUACAUCGUCAUAUUCCAACAACCAUUUCGGAACUUGAUUAACCAUUUCCACUCUGUUGAUCACCUUGAGCCAUAAUUUUUACUACAACAAUGAAGCUUGAAGUCGAAGCUAUCUCACAGGACACUGUCAAACCCUCAUUUCCAACCCCUCCACAUCUCCACCACUACCAGCUUUCCUUCCUCGAUCAACUUCAACCUCUCGUAUUCAUGCCUCUUGUUCAUUUCUACCCGAAAUACAGCGAUACUAAUCUCACCAAUAUAGAACAAAGUGACCGGAUUAAGAAAUCUUUAUCGGAUGCCUUAACCCGAUUUUACGUGCUAGCAGGACGAGUUAAGGACAAUCUUUAUGUAGAUUGCAACGAUGAGGGUGUCCACUACGUUGAAGCAAAGGCAAAUUGCAAACUUUCUGAAUUUCUUGAGGAUCCAAUUCCAGGUGAGCUCAACAAGUUUCUACCAUUUGAAUUGGACGAAGUCAAUGAGUUACCCGCAGCAGUGCAGGUCACCUUCUUCAACUGUGGUGGGCUUGUGAUUGGAGUUCUCAUGUCCCACAGAAUUAUAGAUGCUUUAUCUUUCAUCUUGUUUCUCAACAGUUGGGCUGCUAUUGCUCGUGGUCAUGGCAACAUAGUUACUCCUCCAAUGGAUUCCGCCACGCUAUUCCCACCACAAGAAUUAUCUGGCUUAAAUAUGAAUAUUGGGAUCACAAAGGAUAAUAUUGUGACCAAGAGGUUUGUCUUCGAUGCAUCUGCUAUAGGUUCCAUUAGAGAAAAAUACAGUUCUGAUGACAAGAGCAUUGAAUACCCACGUCCGACUCGCGUUGAGGCCUUAUCUGCUUUCAUAUGGAGCCGCUUCAUGGCUUCUACUCAAUCAAAACCAGAUCCAAAUAAGAUCUACAAAAUUGUUCAUGCUCUGAACCUACGUACCAGGACUGACCCUCCUCUUUCAUUUGAUUACUUUGGUAAUAUUACCCGUUUCGCUAUGUCAGUACCAUCCAGGGACACUGAAGAGAGCUUUCAUGGCAUUAUCAAACCAAUGAGAGAAGCGAUACAGAAAAUUGAUGGAGAUUUUGUGAAAAUGCUCCAACAAGGUGAUGUGUACUUAAAAUAUAUGAAAGAGAACAUCUCUAACUUCGUAAAAGGGGAGCUGGUUACGCUUUCCUUCACCAGCUUGUGCAGGUUUCCUCUAUAUGAGGUUGAUUUUGGGUGGGGCAAGCCUGCAUGGGUUACCUCAGCAAAAUUCACGUUCAAGAAUUUAAUUACCUUUAUUGACACAAAAUCAGGAGAUGGAAUUGAGGUAUGGAUUAACCUCAAAGCGGAAGACAUGGCUAAAUUCGAAACCGACAACGAGCUCCUUGCCUUUGUUUCACCAAAGAACUUCGUACUCGGCUAGGCAAAAACGGCUUGUACUAGUUCUGUUUGUUUGUUGUGGGUGUGUGUGGUUUUUUUUUUAUUUUUUUAUUUUUUUAAUAAAUUUUUUUACUGAAUUUCAGUUUAAAACUUUGUUUGGUUUGAGUGAAAAAAUGUUUCUCCAGUUUUCACAUUUAUGUCAAUGUGUGAUACCUUUUCAAAUUUAUUUCAAGUGUGACACAUGAAUUCCAUCAAUGUUAAUUAUAUUAUUGUGAAA